AUGGGGUCUGAGGGAGCCUUGCAUCUGAGCGAUUCCCUCCUGCUGCUUGGAUUGGGCACGCUCCUGCUCGACCUAGGCUGCCUAGCUCAGGACUUAGAGUACCGAGCAGACUUGGGGUACCACCCAGAGAAGGCCUUAUCCUAUGAAGUUUUCAUCCCCAGACAGCUGGUGCCCCAUAGGAGGAAUCCCGAUGUGGCUGGCCAGGUAACCUACCUCCUGCUGUUGGAAGGCAAGAAACAGGUCAUCCACCUCCACCCCAAGAAGCUUCACGUGUCCAGACACCUUCGCGUUUUCUCCUUCACUAAGUGGGGAGCCCGACUGGAAGACCAACCUCACAUCCCCAGUAACUGCAGCUACAGAGGUUAUGUGGAGGGCUCCCCCAAUUCCCUGGCUACCUUAAACACCUGCUUUGGGGGACUAAGGGGCAUCGUGAACAUGUACGGAAGCUUUUACCAAAUAGAACCCCUGAACGGCUCCACCAAAUUUGAACAUGUAUUAUAUCGCCUAAGGAAGAAGUUUGGAGGCAACCUCUCCUGCGGAGCAAUUGAUGAAGAAACAGACUUCCGUUUAUCGAAGGACUGGCACCCAAAGAUUUCUGCCAAGUUUCCUUCCGCCUCUAUACGCUUUAGGUACAUAGAGUCCUUUGUUGUAAUAUCUAAUGGGAGAUACAAACUUUUGGGAUCCAACAUGACUGCUUGCAUAAAUGAGGGCCUUACUUUGAUGGCUCUGGCAGACAACGUUUAUCAAACUCUCAAUUGUCGAAUAUAUGCAUCGGGAAUCGAGGUCUGGACUGAUGAGGACAAAAUAAAUAUUAAAGACUCUGAAGCAGAUAGCAUUUAUGAAGACUUUUUGAAAUAUAAAGAACAAUUAGACUAUGAUGGCAAGGUAGAUUGGGCGCAUUUAAUCGUAAGUAAAAACAUCGCCAUCAAAGCCAAGGUAGGAGGGUCCUGUGAUAAGGGAAGUAGCGCCUCCGUGAGCAGUCUACCUCAAGAGAACUUGAGUGGCUCUAAUGAGUAUCUUCAUGCACUGGGCCAUAUUGUGGGCAUGAGAGAUGAUAGGAACCAUUGUACUUGUUGGGGUCCUGAUAGAUGCCUGAUGGACUCAAACCCUGGGGACGGAGGUUUCAGUAAUUGCAGUUUUGCAGAUUAUUUUGAAAAGAGAGCAGCCUAUGAAAAGUGUACAUCUAAGAUAUCGAAAGGAAAGGCAAACAUAUUUGCAAAAUGUGGCAACAAAGUGGUAGAAGAAAAUGAACAGUGUGACUGCGGCACAUGGAAGGACUGUGAACAAGAUCGUUGUUGUGAGACAACCUGUAAAUUAAAGGCCAAAGCAAAGUGUGGUUUUGGUCUUUGCUGCUAUAAUUGUAAAUACCAAGUGGCAGGGAAACUGUGUAGACCCAGAUAUAGCGAAUGUGAUCUUGAGGAGUUUUGCAAUGGCACCUCUCAUCACUGCCCAUAUAACAGCUAUAUUCAGGAUGGCACCCCGUGUUCUGACCAGAGCUACUGUUUCAAAGGGAUGUGCAAUUCUCGGGACCAGCAGUGCAAGUCUCUUUUUGGACUCAGUGCUGUAUCCGGACCUUUUGCCUGUUACAAAGAAGCCAAUCAAGGGGACCGUUUUGGCAACUGUGGCACCCUGACAGGUACUUAUUUCAAGUGCAAACCUAGUAAUGUGUUAUGUGGAAGACUGCAGUGUGUCAACAUCAAGGGUAUUCCUGUACUAGGGAACCACUACACAGUAGUUAUGAACUUUGUCCGUCAGGGCAACCUUCGGUGCUGGGGGACAGACUAUCAUCCUACCAGUUCAGGGAAAAUGUUGGAUCUUGGAGAUGUCAAAGAAGGCACUGCCUGUGGUGAGGGAUUUUUAUGUAUUAACAAGACUUGUUCAAGUGUGAACUUAAUGAAUUUUGACUGUACAGUGGACAAAUGUAUGAAGAGAGGAAUCUGUAACAAUAAUAAAAAUUGUCACUGUAACUAUGGAUGGGCCCCUCCAUUCUGUAAGAAGAGUGGAUUUGGAGGAAGUAUUGACAGUGGCCCUGCCCCUAAAUUGGAAAAGUCUCACUGGAAAGUUGCAAUGCGUUUGACCCUCUUUCUUUCACGGUGUUUUACUUUAGCUAUAUCAGGGUUUCUGACAGGUAAAAUACCCCAAAAUUUAAAAUCUCUGGGCAAGAAAAAUCCAAAGGAUGUCACUUUGGCUAAUCAAGAAAACAAGUUCAUCAAUGUCACUUGA